AUGAGCUCUCUUUCUAUCUCCAACACUUCAAGCUCCUCCAGCGACUCACCCAAGCCCGAGAGUAAUGUCGCCCCUGGUCGCGCGAAACCCCGCAAGUCGAAACCGUCUUCCAAGUGGCUGCGCAACAAUCCGUACGUCGGCAAAAUGUUUCGCAUCACCGACAACUCGCGAUGGAAGAUUCUCGCACCGCUAUCGAAGCUACAAUUUCAGGACGUCCACAGUCCUUGCGAAGCGCGCCAGGUCUACACAUGUGUUUGCCUCGAUGGGCCCUGGAAAGACCUGGGCGAGUGUGUAGUCAAAGUCAAGUUUCAGAUGCGCGCAAGUAUAGAUACGGUUGAGAUGUACGAGGGGAUGAUCGAUGAUGGGGAGAAGGAGCUGCAGGAUCAAAACGACGCCCAAAUCGCGUUCUUGUCUGCAUACAAGCAUCAUCUCGAGAUGUGCAACGCACCGGCCAGCUCAUGCGAAAGCCCCGCCACAAGGAAUGAGGUGCAAGCUCUUGACCUUCUUGAGCGCGAAGACUGUCAGCAUUCUCCCUGGCUCUAUGGUACGUCUAUAGGCACGGUGCGCUCGGGUCUGCAUCGCGAAGCCAUAGUUGGAGGCUACAGUGUCCUCAUACUCAUGAACAAGCUGCCUGGCAAGACCUUGUCAAUGGACAUGUUCUGCGAGAUGCCUCUGAAGGAUAGGCAGUCCGUUCGCGAAGCCUUCAAAGAGGCAUGGCUGUAA